AUGAACCCAAAGCUGCUCCUGCCCAUUUUGGGUCUACUAGACCAAAUUCCUCUUCCUGGGCCAGAAGGAAGAAAUGAUUUUGUAGAACUUUGUGCGGGAGAAGGUCAUCUCAGCCGAGCCCUUUGGUCAUGUGGCUACCAUGGAAAAGCCUUUGAUGUUCGCUUCAGCAAGAACCACAACCUCCUCCGCACUGUUGGGUUCCUGACAGUCUUGGCCGCCGUCCGGAACAUCCGCCCUGGAGGAUGUAUAGUUGCUGCCCCACCAUGUGGCACGUGGGUUUUUCUGAGUUCCCCGAGCACAGGACGAACUUGGAUGGAUCCAGAAGGUUUCAAAACCAAAACGUGCGUCCUGAACAACAUUUUGGUGAUGCGAGUUCUUUACAUGAUAUGGGGAACGCUACCAUCCUUGCACUCGUUGAAGAGGCCCAUCAAUAUCAAGCAGCUUCGAGAAGCACUUGCCAGGACAUCCGUGAGCCUCGUGAAGAAGUCGAUUGAUAAAUCCGGCAAACGCCGCAUUGCAGGGGACAAAAAGAAGCUGGCCGAUUCAGCUGUUUACCCCCGUGACUUCGGUAUGGCUGUAGCAGCCCUGUUUAGAAAGGAGGGAUGCCGCCAAGCUGCCGAGUUAGACUUUCAGUACAAAGCCUCGGCAGAGGAUAUGGGUGCGUUGGAAGACUUCCGGUUUGGCAAAAAUGCCUGGUGGCGGAAGCUGUAG